AUGACAGUAUCUUGCAUUUUGUCCGAAUGCGAAGUUUUGAACUGGAUGUCAGCAGAGGUUACAUUUAACUACUUCGUACAACUUCUUGAUAUCCCUGAGUUCUCUUACUCUUUGAUGCUUGGCCUUCUUGUCAGCGUUGGAGGACUCACUGAGAAGACAGCUCGCUGCAGCUCUGAAUCACUUCGCAACCAAUUAAGGAAGCACGAGGGAGAUCUGGAAUAUAUGAAGAAUUUUAUUCGCACAAUAGACCACAUUUUUUCUAAUCAGGACGGGGAGAGGGUUGCUUUACCAUUAUUGAAGUUUACUGACUUCAUACUCAACGAGCCAGCGGUAACUUUUACCCUCCUUAAUGAAGAGUAA